CCGAGCCAUGGGCCGCGGCAGAGCUAGCGCGGAGCGCCGGACCAUCGACCCCAGAGUCCCGGAGCCGGCCCCGCGCGGGGCCACGCGUCCCGUGGGCGCUGGUUCCUAAGGACGACAACAGCACCAGCUUUUCCUUUCUCCCCUUCCUUCCCUUCCCUGCCCCGCACUCCUCCCCCUGCUCGCUGUUGUGUGUCAGCACUUGGCUGGAGACUUCUUGAACUUGCAGGGAGAAUAACUUGUACUCCCCACUUCGCACCGGUGCCUUUGCCAGCGGAGCCAGCCUUGUCGCCUCUGAGCCCUGCCGCCCCUCCACUCCUCUGCCGGGCCCAACACCCCUAGAAGCCGUUCCCAGCCUGAGGAGAGGGACUACGCGGCCGGCACCCGGGAGGAGGAGGAGGAGGCAAAGGGGACGGCACCCGGUCCCAGCGCCAGGUCCUUCGAACAGAGCUUUUUCCAUGUGGAAACUCUUUCAAUGGACGUGUCCCCGCGUGCUUCUUAGACGGACUGCGGUCUCCUAAAGGUCGACCAUGGUGGCCGGGACCCGCUGUCUUCUAGCGUUGCUGCUUCCCCAGGUCCUCCUGGGCGGCACGGCCGGCCUCAUUCCCGAGCUGGGCCGCAAGAAGUUCGCGGCGUCGUCGGGCCGCCCCUCGUCCCAGCCCUCGGACGACGUCCUGAGCGAAUUCGAGUUGCGACUGCUCAGCAUGUUCGGCCUGAAGCAGAGACCCACCCCGAGCAGGGACGCCGUAGUGCCCCCCUACAUGCUGGACCUGUACCGCCGGCACUCGGGCCAGCCGGGAGCGCCCGCCCCCGACCACAGGCUGGAGAGGGCUGCCAGCCGCGCCAAUACCGUGCGCAGCUUCCACCACGAAGAAUCUUUGGAAGAACUGCCAGAAGUGAAUGGGAAAACAACCCGGCGAUUCUUCUUUAAUUUAAGCUCUAUUCCCACUGAGGAGUUUGUCACAUCAGCAGAACUUCAGGUUUUUCGGGAACAGAUACAGGAAGCUUUGAGAAGCAAUAGUAGUUUCCAUCACCGAAUUAAUAUUUAUGAAAUUAUAAAACCUGCAACAGUCAACUCGAAAUUCCCUGUGACCAGACUUUUGGACACCAGGUUGGUGAAUCAGAACGCCAGCGGGUGGGAGAGUUUUGAUGUCACUCCCGCUGUGAUGCGUUGGACUGCACAGGGACACGCCAACCAUGGAUUUGUGGUGGAGGUGACCCACUUAGAGGAGAAGCAAGGAGUCUCCAAGAGACAUGUGAGGAUUAGCAGGUCUUUGCACCAAGAUGAACACAGCUGGAGCCAAAUAAGGCCGUUGCUGGUCACUUUUGGCCAUGAUGGGAAAGGGCGUCCCCUCCACAGAAGAGAAAAAAGGCAAGCGAAACACAAACAGAGGAAGCGCCUCAAGUCCAGCUGUAAAAGACACCCUUUGUAUGUGGACUUCAGUGAUGUGGGGUGGAACGACUGGAUUGUGGCCCCUCCAGGGUAUCAUGCCUUUUACUGCCACGGGGAAUGCCCUUUUCCCCUGGCCGAUCACCUGAACUCCACCAAUCACGCCAUCGUGCAGACGCUGGUCAACUCUGUGAACUCCAAGAUCCCUAAGGCGUGCUGUGUCCCAACAGAACUCAGUGCUAUCUCCAUGCUGUACCUUGACGAAAAUGAAAAGGUUGUAUUAAAGAACUAUCAGGACAUGGUUGUGGAGGGUUGUGGGUGUCGUUAGCACAGCAAAAUUAAUUAAUUAAAUAUAUAUAUAUAUAUUUUAGAAAAAAGCAAAAAAAAAAAAAAAAAAAAAAAGCCCAAAAGCCCCCCCAAAACACCACCAGCUGACACUUUAAUAUUUCCCAAUGAAGACUUUAUUUAUGGAAUGGAAUGGAAAAAAAAAAAAACACAGCUAUUUUGAAAAUAUAUUUAUAUCUACGAAAAGAAGUUGGGAAAACAAAUAUUUUAA